UUGCCCUGACCUUCCAAAGCGGUUUGGCUCCUGGACCCCCGCAGAAGCGCACACAUAUCUCUCAUCGGAUGUAAAACGUAUAAUGGCGGGACAGGCGUUGCUGUCCCGCGUAGGCCUGACGUUGACACUGGCCAUAGUCGCAGCGGGUAGCGUCGACGCGCGGCCUGGUAGCCUGUGGAAGUGGCUGACAGGUGACACACCUGGAAACUCGGACGAUGCAGCCGUCGUCUCAUUUCCGCGGCCGCCCUACGAGGAGCGCGCAAAGAUGGCCCGCUGGUUGGUUCAUGAAACAACGUAUGGAGUGCUUUCCACGGUCGAUAGGCAAUCAGGAGAGGCAAUCGGGGGAGUGGUGUCGCAUAGCGACGGCUCGCGGGACCACGCAACUGGACGCAUUUUCUUUUAUCUCACGCCGAUGGACGAGCUCACGCAAAACGCUCUGAGCCACCCUCGGUGUACAUUCACAGUUAGCGAGAUGCAGCGGCGCAGUGCAAAUGGUGGCAGUAGCAGCAGCAGCAGCAGCAGCAGCGACGGGCACCGGAACGGUAACGGGCCAUGCGGUGCGUUGGAUCCCGAGGAUCCCGCCUGUGCCCGCGCCACCUUUGUUGGCCGGGUGCUACCGGUGCCGGAACAGGACCGAUCGCUGGCGCAGGCAGCCAUGUUCUCACGACACCCAGCGAUGGCUGACUGGCCCACCGGGCACCAGUUUGACUUUUAUGAGCUGCACGUCAACGAGGUGCACGUGCUCGACUGGUACGGUGGUAUGAGCGUUGUGGAUAGCAAUGAGUACUACUCGGCCGACGUGAGCUAUCCAGCCAGCAGCACCAGUGGCAGCAGCAAGAGCAGCAUGAGUGGCAGCACCGCCGCGGCCACAAGCAGCGCCCGCGGCCAUGGCAAGGGCCGGACAGGCACCGACAGCGAUGAGGUGGUGCUGACGGGGCCGGACUCGGUCGGCUACCGCAUUGUCAUCCCGGCCAAACGGCUCCGGGGGCACGCGUGAAUUUUGCGGCCGAGCAGGAGCCGACAGGCUGAAAUUACGCCAGUCUGUACAGCCUGACAGUCGGGGGUAAAGUGCAAUCACGCUUUGAUAAUUGCGUACUUGGGACGUGUGCAGAGGCACUAGGGAUUGGCAUGAUAGGCGCCAAGGUUUUUGGGCUAUGUCUGCAGCUCACGCCACGGUAUGAAGACAUGGGAAAUGACUGGACUGUUGAUACCAAAGAGGCAGCACAAGGAAGAUGUAAAUGGGCGAGGGGCAUCGCAAGGUAGGCUUGGCGGCAGGAUGGCGGAUUUGUGGCAUGUGUAAAAUAUGCGGCACGAGUUGAAGAGCAAGUAGGGCGUAGAGGCCAUGGCGCUCUGAAACAUACAUUGCCGGGGUUCGCCAGCACAUGUGCGCAACCCCCUGACGUUGCUCUGACAUGCACAAACAUUGCGGAGGCCGCACCACUUGGUACAAGGCGGGACUGGUCCUUACGCUUGUCUACAUGGCAUGCAUUUUCAAUUGUGUACUGGUUUAUUGUUGUGCGUUUCGCAUAGUGCUUGGCAUGGACUGGGUCAGGCUGACAUGCUCGUCGCAGAUACCGUUGUUAUGUUGGCAGCAUACCGGUAUGUCCACCCCAAGUGCUGACAGUUGACGUCAGAUUAAUGUUCCGGCUGGGCUGGUAGAAGGAGCGCAGCUGCAACACGUCGGAGGUGCUGGUGGUUCGAUUGUGCCAGACUGUACUUGACUGUACAAUAUAUUUCGGUCAAAUGUCUGCCAUGGAUUGCAGGCGCGUACCGGUGCAUGGAGGUAGUGGUGGGCGGCAGCAAGGAGGGGAGGCCGCCAAGUGCGCAGCCCCUGGUAUGCUCAUGUAUGCAUGCGUGUAUGUUGUUUACCAGCUUCAAAUUGUAGUGCAGUUGCCUCCGAUACGUUGGAUGGGGUUUCAUUGGUAUUCUUCCUAUGUUGAAGAUAGCUGAUGCCGCCGCGUGCGGCGUGUACAACAGAUAGGGAUCACAAUACCGGUAAUGUCUUAUCAGUCCUAUGUAAGCUGGCAAAACA